AUGGCGGUCAAAGCGGCAUUCAUCGGAGCGUGCGGCGCUACUUUGCGGCAUGUGCUCGCUUGGACAUUACUCGAUGGUCAUAAAGCAGCUGCUCUUGUUCGUGAUCACUCGAAACUGAAAAAGAUUCUCUUGGAUCUCGGUGUAUCCGAAAAGAUCCAACAGUCACAACUCAUCGUUGUCGAAGGAUCAUCCCGCGAUGUCACCACAGUCCGCAAUCUUCUUCUCAAUGACCCUGAGAUUAUUUUCAGUGGCAUCACAAGCACUUGGAAACUCCGAUUUAAUCCGUUUCACCCGAUUGCUAUGGAUGAUGCCAGUAUCACCGGUGACUCUGCUGCUGCGGUGAUGCAAGCUUUAAAAGAUCUUGUUUCUACAAACAGUAUCACAAAUUUACCCAUCUACGCUCCAAUCUCAUCGACUGGACAUGGCUCUCGUCGGGAUCAACCACGUAGCCUCAUGCCGCUCUACUGGUGGUUGUUGAAAGAGGCUCAGGCCGACACUGCGGUUCUCGAGCGUGUUACUCGUGAGGCGGCGACGCAGAAGCAAUCUUGUCUUGGCGGAUAUGUGAUGCUUCGACCUCCACUGCUGACAGAUGGGGAGAUGAAAGGGACGAAAGAAGUGCGCGCUGGGUGGAUUUGGGAAGACGAUAUCUUUCGGAAGAGUGAUGAGCAAGAAACUGGCGUCAAGAUCGCAUGCGAUAUCGACCCUAAAGGACCCGAGAAACACAGCGACAGAAGAAGAGAUCUUGUCAUUCUUGAUCAUCAUGAUGAUGACGACCCCAUCGAGGCAGCUUGCAUCUGCACAAAUAGGAGCUUUGAUGUCGCUGGCAUAAUAGGGCUUUACGCGAGUUGUAUGGCCCAAAAUAGCAAGGCCACAGAAGAUGCAUCUGUUGUCUCCGGUAUCGAGGUCAAGGCAACGAAGCCAGCUGCAACAGUGACUUCCGGGGCUAUAACUACUACGGCUGCGGCUUCUGCUACGGAAGCAGCGGGUAACAGCGCAGGAAAGAUGACGGGAUCUAUCAUGGCGGUUACCUGGGUCAAUUUGAUGUUGUUAUUCGUCCUGUAA